GUCAGCCGUCAGCCUCUAUAGACCAGACCGUCCGAUCGUAUAUGGCGACGAUACCGUCGGUCAGGUCGGACGGGGAAGCUUUUUCGGGACCCACUUGGCGGACCACUUUCGUUCCCUCUGACUCUUAGAAAUCAACCAUCCUCUUCUCUGCUCUUCGAUCGAUCGAUCGAUCGAGCAAGCAAUCGCAAUGGCGGCACAAGCCCUCCACUUCCUCUCGCCUUCCGUCCCCUCUCCUUCUCUCCCCGCUCUAUCUUCCGGCAAGCCUUCGCUGCUCCCUUACGCCUCUGUCUUUCGCUCCCGCCCUCGCUCCUUCUCCCUCCGCGCCUCCUCUUCCCUCCGCGAUCUAGGCCUCACCCCCUCCGACGGAGGUGCCGCAUCCAUCGACGUAGACGCCGUAACCGAGGCGGAGCUUCGGGAGAACGGAUUCCGGAGCACGAGGCGGACCAAGCUGGUCUGCACCAUCGGCCCCGCCACCUGCUCCGCCGAGCAGAUCGAGGCGCUCGCUGUCGGAGGAAUGAACGUCGCCAGGGUGAACAUGUGCCACGGCACCCGCGAGUGGCACCGCCAGGUGAUCCGACAGGUCCGCCGCCUCAAUGAGGAGAAGGGGUUCGCCGUGGCUGUGAUGGUGGACACCGAGGGGAGUGAGAUCCACAUGGGGGAUCUCGAUGGUGACGCCUCUGUCAAGGCCGAGGAUGGAGAGAUUUGGACAUUUAGUGUAAGAGCUUUUGAUGCAGCGCUUCCAGAACGGACCAUUGCUGUGAAUUAUGAUGGCUUUGCUGAAGAUGUUAGUGUUGGCGAUGAACUUCUUGUGGACGGAGGAAUGGUUAGGUUUGAGGUGAUUGAAAAGAUAGGUCCAGAUGUAAAAUGCCAGUGCAAUGAUCCUGGGCUGUUGUUGCCACGUGCUAAUCUUACUUUCCGGAGGAAUGGAAGACUAGUCCAAGAACGUAAUGCAAUGCUUCCUACAAUUUCUUCUAAGGAUUGGCUUGAUAUUGACUCUGCAAUAUCUGAGGGUGUGGACUUCAUUGCAGUUUCCUUUGUCAAGUCUGCAGAUGUCAUAAAUCAUCUUAAGAGCUAUAUAGCUGCAAGAAGCCCUGACAAUGAAAUUGCUGUGAUCGCAAAGAUUGAGAGUUUUGAUUCCUUGAAAAAGCUAGAAGAGAUCAUCCAUGCAUCAGAUGGAACAAUGAUAGCCAGAGGAGACAUGGGUUCUCAAAUUCCUCUUGAAGAAGUCCCUUCAGCUCAACAAAAAAUUGUUAAAUUGUGCAGACAGCUUAACAAACCUGUAAUUGUGGCUUCUCAGCUUCUGGAAUCUAUGAUUGAGUAUCCAACGCCAACUAGAGCGGAAGUUGCUGAUGUCACAGAGGCUGUUAAACAGAGGGCAGAUGCUCUGAUGCUCUCAGGUGAGUCAGCUAUGGGCCAAUAUCCGGAGAAAGCGUUGACUGUGCUUAGAAAUGUAAGCCUACGAAUUGAAAAAUGGUGGAGAGAAGAGAAGAUUCAUGAGGAAAUCGAUCUUCCAGAUAUUUCAUCUUCUUUCUGUGAUAAAGUUUCAGAGGAAAUAUGUAACUCGGCUGCUACAAUUGCAAACAACUUGGGUGUCGAUGCACUCUUCGUCUUUACGAGGACUGGCGAGAUGGCCUCACUUCUUUCACGUUGUCGCCCUGAUUGUCCAGUGUUUGCAUUUACUCCUUCAGCAUCAGUUAGAAGACGGUUGAAUCUUCAGUGGGGUCUGAUACCAUUUCGUCUUAGUUUCUCAGACGACAUGGAGAACAAUCUGAACCGUACUUUUUCUUUGCUCAAGGCUAGAAGAAUGGUCCAGCCUGGUGACUUGAUCAUUGCACUGUCUGAUACAUUGCAGACUAUUCAAGUGAUCGAUGUGCCAUAGGAAGAAACAUUGAUUUUCCCCACUAAUUUAUGAGAAACAGGCAGAUAUGAUAAGAUUAGAAGAUGGUGCAGGAUUCUCUAGUUAUUACUUUGAGUUUUAUUUUUUCUUUUUUGAUCUUGCGUUGACUGAUUUACUAAUUUACCAUAAUGAUUAUGCUUUACUUCAGGGACUGUUGAAUAAAAACACCAACACAUUGUUUCUGUUUUCCUGUGAUUUCAAGGCAUUGGAUUCUCCUGUAUCCAUUAUAGUCAA